AUGCUCUCAAGCAACAGAUGGCACGUUGUGGCGCUGUUCCUAGCUCUUGUCCCUCGGACAAUGGCAGAUAUCUGCGCGACACUCAAGGCCGGGGGCAUUGAUAUCGAAGACCGUAUCUCAUUGGCCUACAACACCGACCUGACCGAGUAUUGGUCCGCGGCAUGCGGCGAUCUCAAGCCAACAUGUAUUGCAGCUCCAUCCAGUGCAGCGGAGAUGGCGCAGGUAAUCAAGAACCUGAACGACGUGGAUACUCUCUUUGCCAUCAAGAGCGGAGGCCAUAAUCCCAACAAUGGAUUUUCUAGUAUCCAGGACGGAUUGCUGGUUUCGACUAAGAAUCUAGAUCAGGUUGACUAUAACCCCACAGAUCAGACUGUUGUUAUCGGUCCUGGGCUUUCAUGGGAAGAAGCCCAGAAGGGUCUCGCGGGAACUGGUCGGGCUAUUGUUGGAGGUCGAAUGGGAGGAGUUGGGGUCGGUGGAUAUAUGCUCGGAGGCGGUAUGAGUUUCUUGAGCACCCAAUACGGCUGGGCUGCGAACAAUGUCAAGGACUUCGAAGUUGUCCUGGCCAAUGGCACUAUUGUUCACGCAACUGAAACCGAAAACGCAGACCUCUUCAAAAGCUUGAAAGGAGGCGGCAACAACUUCGGUGUUGUUACUGCAUACACCGUGCAGACACAUCCUCAAGACCAUAAGGUCUGGGGUGGCAAUUAUGUUUACACAUCCGACAAAGCCGCCGAUAUUCUCACAGUAGUGCGCAACUUCACCGACGAGUAUCCCGAUGACAAGGCGGCAAUAAUCCUGACAUUCGAGCGUGGUCUCGUAGUUGACCUGUGUAUCUUGUUUCUCUUUUACGACGGCCCUGAGCCCCCCUCCGGAGUCUUCGACGGCUUCACUGCUAUUGAACACACCUCAACCGCCAAAACCUGGGAUACUUACUACGACCUGCUCAAGAACAACGACUUCUUCAUUCUUAAGGGGCAACGCUAUAACAUCGCUACCGAGACCACGCCUCUUCCUAAUAAGACCGUGGGAGCAGCCCCGCUCCAGGAGUACUAUGAGCAUUUCCGCGACGUUACCGGGUCCGUACUAGGAGUAACCGGGAUAAUAGGCACAGUUUCCUUCCAGCCCAUGCCCAAGACAUUUUCCCAAAAGGCUAAGGACCGGGGUGGAGACCUCCUCGAUAUUCCCUCCGAUCAACCGUACAUUAUCCUGGAACUUGACUUCUCCUACGGGCUAUCCACCGACGACAGUAAGGUCGACGCAGCCACGGUCGAACUCUAUCAGGGAAUGGAUAACCUGGCCCAGAAGAACAUCGAUAACGGCCUUCUUCCCGACGUGUAUCGACCAUUGUUUAUGAACGACGCAUACUACCGCCAGGAUUACUGGGGCCGUAUUAGCCCCGAGUCCAAGGCGCUUGCUCUGGAGACGAGGAAGGCGUAUGAUCCCCAGGAAUUCUUCCAGAAGCGGACGAGUGGAGGCUGGAGGCUGAAGGACUAG